GCCAUCGAUAUUUCUCCAACUCCACUCAUCUCAUCACUAAAAUGGCUGCUACUCGUGUUCCCGUGGCCCUCAUCGGUGUCGGCGGCGUCGGCAAGGCGAUCCUGCAGCAGCUGCUCGCCGCCCCGCUCGCGGCCAAGUUCAAUGUCGUCCUCGUCGCGAACAGCCGUCUCAGCCUCUCGCUCCCGCUCCCCAACAACUCCCCUCUUACUGACGGCAACCUCGUUCCCAUUCUCGAGCAGCACGGCCAGGCGCUCGACGUGACCUCGGUCAUCUCGCUGCUUGCCAACCACCCCGACGGCGCCGGCGUGCUCAUCGACUCGACGGGCUCGGACGCUGUCCCUUCCCUGUACCCCACGAUGCUCGCGCACGGCGUGCACGUCGUCACGCCCAACAAGAAGGGCUUCUCGGGCCCCGCCGCGCUCUACGACGCCAUCCAGGCCGCCGCAUACCCCAACUCCAAGGCGCUCGUGUACGGCGAGUCCACGGUCGGCGCCGGCCUCCCCAUCCUCUCGACGCUCAAGGACCUCGUCGGCACCGGCGACGAGAUCGAGCGCAUCGAGGGCGUUUUCAGCGGCACCCUGUCCUACAUCUUCAAUGAGUACUCGAAGCCCGAGGGCGGCGACGUCAAGUUCUCCGAGGUCGUCCAGAUCGCCAAGGACAAGGGCUACACCGAGCCCGACCCGCGCGACGACCUGAGCGGCACCGAUGUCGCCCGCAAGCUCGCGAUCCUUGCCCGUCUUUGCCCCGGCGCUCCCCAGCUCCCCGAGGGCGCGUUCAGCGUCCCCACCGAGUCGCUUGUGCCCCCCGUCCUCGCCGACGCAAAGGACAAGGACGAGUACCUCUCCCGCCUCGCCGAGGGUGACGAGCACUUUGCCAAGCUCCGCGCCGAGGCCGAGAAGGAGGGCAAGGUCGUCCGCUACGUCGGUGUCAUCGACCUCAAGGCCGGCAAGGUCGAGUGCAAGCUCGGCAAGUACGACAAGGACCACGCCUUCGCCACUGCCCUCAAGGGCUCGGACAACAUCAUCUCGUUCUCCACCAAGCGCUACUCGCCCCGCCCACUCAUCAUCCAGGGAGCUGGUGCCGGUGCCGACGUGACUGCCAUGGGCUGCACUUCCGACCUCCUGAAGGUCUACGAGCGCAUCCGCUACUAGGCGUGAGAGGUAGAGUGGCGGGGGAGAGCAUAGAGCAGCAUGGGAAGAACAUGAAGACAUAUCCGCAUCGUAGACUAUGCACGAUAGAGCGGGGACUAGUGAUAGACAGGCGUAAGGUGUGGCUGGAGGAAGCCCGUGAAGAGAG